AUGGCUCAUGUUUAUCGUAAGCUUUUCGCUGAAAAGGUGUCGCGAAUAUGCGGAACGAACGUUCAAAUACCUAUGACGGCGCUAAACUUUACUUACCAAAAAAUGUCUCAAACGCCGGAGUUAAACCUCUCAGUGCACUGCUUAGGAAACAUUGCGGACCGAAUAUUCUCCUGCUCUAGUGAGAUAUGUGGCAUUGGGAAAUCAGAGCAUAUUAUCAACAUAUCGACAGAAUUACGAUCUGGGAAAAAGUGGUUGAAACUAUCGCUUGACAAAUUGAAGCUAAUACAAACGGUACUUGACCGAAAAUCAGUGCAUGAGGAAUAUAAUACUACCAAGAGUGAAACCAUGAUAGUAGAAUUUAGUUCACCCAACAUUGCAAAACCGUUUCAUGCUGGACAUCUAAGGUCAACUAUUGUAGGUAAUUUUCUGUCCAACGUAAAUGAAUUCCUUGGUAAUCGUGUUCUCAGGCUUAACUACCUUGGUGACUGGGGUACGCAGUUUGGAUAUUUAGCACUGGGAGUGCAACUAAAACAACUUUCACGGUCGGAUAUAAAUGAAAACCCGUUAAAGUGUCUCUAUGACGCAUACGUCUACGCGCACGAAGCAGUGCGUAACGAUCCAAACAUGCACGAAUUGGCCAUAAAUAUUUUUUCACGCAUGGAACAAGGCACCGCCGAUGAUCUACAUCAAUGGGAGGACUACCGCGCUUACACAGUGCAGGAAUUGGAAGAUAUUUAUCGAAGGCUAGGCGUGCGAUUCACCGGGUACGAGUGGGAAUCACAAUACGGAGUAAACAAAAUAGCAAAUGUGCUAGAAACACUGAAGCAUUGCGACAUACUGAAAGAUCAAACGGAUGGACGAAAGGUAGUGCAACUUCAGCAUCGAACUAUUCCCGUAGUGAAAAGCGAUGGUUCCGGCAUGUAUCUUUUGCGCGACAUUGCUGCCUUGAUGGAUCGCCACAAAAGGUUCGGUUUCCAGAAAUGUUUUUACGUGGUCGAAAAUGGUCAAACGGAUCAUUUUGCAUCGCUACGUGAGGUAGCACACCUUCUGCAAUUGCCUUAUGCUGGCGGCAUCGAACACAUCAAAUUUGGCCGAAUACACGGAAUGAGCACUAGGCGUGGAAAGGUUGUAUUUUUGAAAGAUAUUCUACACGAGGCGCAACUCUUGGUGCAGGAGAAACAACACGAGUCUCCAAACACCAAGACCAAUACAAUCGAUAAUCCCGAAAUUUGUGAUAUCCUGGGCACUAGUGCCGUCAUUAUCAAUGAUUUAAAACAACGCCGCAUGAAGGACUAUGAUUUUGAUUGGUCAAAAAUUCUCCGCAUGGAAGGUGAUUCGGGAAUUAAGUUGCAGUACACUCACUGUCGUUUGGUGAGCCUUCUAGAGAGACAAUCAUCAGCAGAGGAAUUAUUAUAUGUCGAAUGUGAUGGAUCAUCUUUGAAGGAACCAGAAGCACUAGAGCUAAUAUGUCAGCUGGCCAAUUUUAAACCAAUUUGUUACCAGGCUCAAGAAGCAGCGGAAGCUUGCAUACUCGUCGCCUAUUUGUUCCGUCUGUGCAAAGCUAUAAACUUGGCCCUCAAAAGAUUGCCAGUAAAACAAGAACCUGACAAAAAGAAACGGCAGCAACGAAUAGUGCUAUUCAGUAAGGCAAAGUUUAUUCUGCACACCGGAAUGGAGUUGUUAGGAUUAAGGCCAUUGACAGAAAUGUGA